AUGAAAGCUGAAGGCUACCCCUCGGUCGGUCACUACACCUUUGCCCUCCAUCAUCCUCAUCCGACAGACAAUCCACAAAUUACGAGCAAGUACGGCUAUACCACCGAGGUCCACAAUAUCGUAACGGAGGAUGGCUACAUCAUUGAGUUGCAUCGACUUCGAGCGUCGCCAAAGUUUGGUCCAGCCAACGCAUCCCACCUACCGGUGCUACUGAUGCACGGACUGAUGGGAUCGUCAGCCGAUUGGAUCUUCAUUGGACCGCAAGAAUCCCUUCCAUACCUGCUGUCCGAUCGUGGGCACGAUGUAUGGCUGGGGAAUGCCCGUGGCAAUCGCUACAGUCGCAACCACACUCACCUGUCCCCGGAGGAGCGUGAGUUUUGGGACUUUUCGUUCGAUGAAAUCGGACGCUACGAUCUACCGGCGAUGGUCGAUCAUGUGCUGACCGAGACGGGCCACUCGAAGCUGCAUUACGUGGGCCAUUCCCAGGGUACGACCAUUUUUUUCGUCCUCAACGCGGAACGGCCAGAGUACAAUCGGAAGUUUGAGCUCAUGCAAGCCCUAGCUCCGGCUGUCUUUAUGGAGAAUUUAAGAAAUUCACCUCUACGAUUUUUGGCCCAACAUGAAGCACUGGCAUCGUAUCUACUCGCAGCGAUGGGAAUCUUCGAGAUGAAACCGUUCCCGAAGGAUUGGACGAAACUGGUGAGCGCAAUGUGUCCAGAUUUCAUCCGCAACUCGCUCUGCCUGGAGUUGAUGCACGCGGUGACCAGCAACAAGUAUCUACACUUCGGUACCCAUGGGUUCCCGAUGGUGUUGAACCACCUGCCGGCCGGUUCCUCCAUCAAACAGUGGUCCCACUUUGGCCAGGAGGUUAUGUCGGGUCAUUUCCGGCGCUUCGACUAUGGACCCGAGCGGAACCGCCAGCAGUACGGUAGUGAGGUGCCGCCCAACUAUAACCUCAGCCGUGUCACCGUACCGGUUGCCAUUAACUACGGCCUUGCCGAUGAACUGGUGCACCCGGUCGAUGUGCGGCUGCUGGCGGAAACGCUACCGAACCUAGUGACCCUCAACCAGCAAGCCAAUGCCACGUUCAACCAUAUGGACUUCCUGGCUGCCGGUAACGUCAAGGACGUACUGUACGAUAGUCUUAUCAGAAAUGUGGAACAACGGCAACCGUGGUGA